GGGCGCCGGCCGCGCGCAAGUCUCGCGAGGCCCGGCCGGAGCCGAGUGUGGCGGCGGCGGCGGCGGCGGCGAGAUCUGGGCUCGGGGUGAGGAGUUGGUAUUUGUGUGGAAGGAGGCGGAGGCGCAGGAGGCCGGGGGCCGCGGAGCGCCGGCCCGGAGGGCGGGAGGAGGCGCGGCCAGAGCGGGCGGCCGGGCCGCCGCGGCGGCCGCGGCGGCCGAGCCCCCAGCCAUGGCCUCGGGCGACACCCUCUACAUCGCCACGGACGGCUCGGAGAUGCCGGCCGAGAUCGUGGAGCUGCACGAGAUCGAGGUGGAGACCAUCCCCGUGGAGACCAUCGAGACCACGGUGGUGGGCGAGGAGGAGGAGGAGGACGACGACGACGAGGACGGCGGCGGCGGCGGCGGCGACCACGGCGGCGGGGGCGGCCACGGGCACCCGGGCCACCACCACCACCACCACCACCACCACCACCACCCGCCCAUGAUCGCGCUGCAGCCGCUCGUCACCGACGACCCGAGCCAGGUGCACCACCACCAGGAGGUGAUCCUGGUGCAGACGCGCGAGGAGGUGGUGGGCGGCGACGACUCGGACGGGCUGCGCGCCGAGGACGGCUUCGAGGACCAGAUCCUCAUCCCGGUGCCCGCGCCGGCCGGCGGCGACGACGACUACAUCGAGCAGACGCUGGUCACCGUGGCGGCGGCCGGCAAGAGCGGCGGCGGCGGCGGCGGCUCGUCGUCGGCGGCGGCCGGCGGCGGCCGCGUCAAGAAGGGCGGCGGCAAGAAGGGCGGCAAGAAGGGCUACCUCGGCGGCGGCGGCGGCGGCGGCGCGGGCGCCGGGGCGGCGGGCGGCGGCGCGGACGCGGGCAACAAGAAGUGGGAGCAGAAGCAGGUGCAGAUCAAGACCCUGGAGGGCGAGUUCUCGGUCACCAUGUGGUCCUCAGAUGAAAAAAAAGACAUUGACCACGAGACAGUGGUCGAAGAACAGAUCAUUGGCGAGAACUCGCCUCCCGAUUACUCCGAGUACAUGACAGGAAAGAAGCUUCCCCCGGGGGGCAUUCCUGGCAUCGACCUCUCGGAUCCCAAGCAACUGGCAGAGUUUGCCAGAAUGAAGCCAAGAAAAAUUAAAGAAGAUGACGCUCCAAGAACAAUAGCUUGCCCUCAUAAAGGCUGCACCAAGAUGUUCAGGGAUAACUCGGCCAUGAGGAAGCACCUGCACACCCACGGCCCCCGCGUCCACGUCUGUGCAGAGUGCGGCAAGGCUUUCGUUGAGAGCUCCAAACUAAAGCGGCACCAGCUGGUUCAUACUGGAGAGAAGCCCUUUCAGUGCACAUUCGAAGGCUGCGGGAAGCGCUUUUCACUGGACUUCAAUUUGCGCACGCACGUGCGAAUCCAUACCGGAGACAGGCCCUAUGUGUGCCCCUUCGACGGUUGUAAUAAGAAGUUUGCUCAGUCCACUAACCUGAAAUCUCACAUCUUAACACAUGCUAAGGCCAAAAACAACCAGUGAGGAGGAGAGAGAAGGACCUGCCCUCGGCACCAGGAUGGCGGGAUCGACACGCCUCUCCUUUGUAUAUUGUUUCUAGGAAAGAAUUUUAAAAAAUGAAUCCUACACACCUAAGGGACAUGUUUUGAUAAAGUAGUAAAAAAAAAUUAAAAAAAAAAACUUUAAUAAGAGGACGUUGCUAAGAUGCUCUAUCUUGCUCUGUAAUCUCGUUUCAAAAACACGGCGUUUUUGUAAAGUUGUGGUCCCACCAGGAGGGCAAUUCAUGAACUUCGCAUCAAAAGACAAUUCUUUAUACAACAGUGCUAAAAACGGGACUUCUUUUCACAUUCUUAUAAAUACGAAGCUCACCUGUUGCUUACAAUUUUUUUAAUUUUGUAUUUUCCAAGUGUGCAUAUUGUACACUUUUUGGGGAUAUGCUUAGUAAUGCUAUGUGUGAUUUUUCUGGAGGUUGAUAACUUUGCUUGCAGUAGAUUUUCUUUAAAAGAAUGGGCAGUUACAUGCAUACUUCAAAAGUAUUUUCCUGUAAAAAAAAAAGUUAUAUAGGUUUUGUUUGCGAUCUUAAUUUUGGUUGUAUUCUUUGAUGUUAACACAUUUUGUAUAAUUGUAUCGUAUAGCUGUAUUGAAUCAUGUAGUAUCAAAUAUUAGAUGUGAUUUAAUAGUGUUAAUCAAUUUAAACCAUUUUAGUCACUUUUUUUUUCCCGAAAAAUACUGCCAGAUGCUGGUGUCGAGUGUAAUUUCUUUGCCUGUUCAGUUACAGAAAGUGGUGCUCAGUUGUAGAAUGUAUUGUACCUUUAACACCUGAUGUGCACACCCGUGUAACAGAAAGGGCAACAAUAAAAUAGCAAUCCUACAGAAAGAAUCCGGCAGAGAAAGCUCUGUAAGCACAGUCUUAGUUCCUUUUGUUGUCCAGAGUAAUUCUAAUUCUUGAGCCUCCCAGAAAUUGGAAGCUAAAUAAAGCAACUCAAGUUUCCUUUCCUUCGCACUCGGUCGCAGUGGCGCGUGUAACGCAGCGGGUCUUGAGGAUUCCUCCGUGGCCUGGAUUCCCGAGGAGCAGAGGACAGGCAGCCCGAGUUCAGGAACUACCUCAGAGUCCCCGGCCAGGCCGGGGCGGGGGUGGGGGGCCGGCUCGGGCCCCAGCCCCGCGCGCGUGCGUCCUCCAGGUAAGGUACGGCCGAGAGAGCCCCGCGGUUCCGUGCCACCCUGCCCGGGUCGGCUCCUGGGCUAGUUGCAGGUUCCUCCCUCCGGUGGGGUCCCCGUGCUGGCACCAGGAACUUAGUGUCACCUCCUCAACGGCUGCUGCGGGCAGGUGGGUGACGGCAUGGUCAGAAACUCGUACUCAGUGAGUACUUUACCUCCUCCCUCUGCCACCUCCUCAGUGCGCGGUGAUGCGUUGGGAGCUUUCCCUGGAGUCCGCUCUGACUCCCGAGAGUAGCCGACAGUCCACGAGCCCGCAGACUCCCGUUCAUUCCAGAUGCGCACGGCCUGUGUAUCUUGUGCUGUCUGUCCGCUUGACUGCAGGGUGACUUAACUCGCUAAUAGUCAAGAUCUCUUUCCACGCUGUGCAGGACACCCCUAGGCCACAGGCGUCACCCCAUCCCUGCUGGGGGGGGGGGACUUCGUGGGUCCUACCGAGGAUCGGAGACCAGCACAGCGGCCCCGUGGCUCUCUGGAACUUUGAAGUGCCUUCUGAAUCCCAAUGAAAAAUUGAACUCGAGACGCUUUUCUAUUUGUUCAGAAUCUGGUAGCUGGAUGGAACUGAGUCGUUCAGAAGCCCCUGGCCGGCGUCCGGCCGAGCCAGGCAUGGUUGGUCAGGAGAGUCAGGCCACGUCAGAGCCAAAGGCCCCCGAUGCCCGCAGGCUGGCAGCAUCCUGCGACACUGGAGCCUGGCCCUGGUGCUGUCCCGGGACCCCGCAGGAGGGAGGCCCCCCCUCCCCGUCCUGGUGCCUUGGUCCCUUGGGGAUGCCUUUAGCCAUCUCUGCCGUUCUCGUCUUCCUUCUCUGAAUAUGCAGCCCGUUGGUGAAAGGAGUGGUCGGUGGCACUCCCGACCCCGCAGCAGGCAGGCAGGCAGGCAGGCAGGCGCUGGGGCCGGAGUGCCGGGUCUGUAGGAGUCCUUCUGGGAUAGCACCGAGACCCGCGUUGCUUGUGUCUUGAACCUUUGGCUAACCGUGUGGAAGUGGUGGUCUAGCUGCGGGUCAGUGGCCCCGAGGAGCCUCUGAUUUGCCCAUAGACUUUUUCCUACAUCUGAGCUGAAACCUGCAUGUUUCUAGCGUAUGUAAUAUAAACCCUCCAGAGGAUAAGUUUACACUUAACGAGAUAUUGUUUUCUAUUUUUGGAUUUAUUCUCUUCCCCCCCUUUUUUGUAGCCUGGGGGGAAGCGUAAUAUUUGUAUGAAGAACUAUCACCUCAGAGUGACCCUCGCUUUCCAGGGUGACAGGACUCGCGCGCUUCCCGCGCCCGCCGUAGACGGAGGCGAACGGCCAACGCUUUUUCCGGUUUGGUUUCCGUGUACAAACUGCUCAGCGUCACUCGCUCUGCGUGCUGUGCCCGGGCCCCGCAGAGGUUUCCUGGCCCAGAUGGAAUGUUCGCUGCUUCUGAACGAUCCUUGUAGCGCCGAGGGGGUGGGGGGCCCUGCUCCCCAUGCUGCUCGCCCCCGGGACCCCGUCCCAGACUGCAUCAGCCGGGGCUGAGGGGUCGGCAGCCCGUCGAGUCCCGUCCUGCCUUCCCUCUCGUUUUUGUGACGUCCAGUCUCCGGGUAGGGAUGCUGUGUGUCCCAAGUCCCUGUUGGCGCACCCACCCGUGCUUCACACCCUCAGCGUCCUCUCCCGCCCAGUGGGGACUGGGGGCGGCCACACUCCAGCCCCUGCAGAGCGUGAGUGGUGCUACCCCCACUGUAGCCCAGGGCCACGGCCUGCAGCUGUGCGUCUUGGGGGCCUUGAGGGGUCCGUUUUGGGGGGAAGGGCAUCAGUAGCAAACAAGAACCAUUCUUUCUACAGUGUCCGUACCCGUUGGCGAGGCUCUGCUCUCUCCGGCCGUGGUGGUGGGUCAGCCCAUUGUCAUAGCUCCGUCCUCUUUUUUGAUUUCCCCAUAACUUCCACAUAGGCCCUGGCUCAAGAACUUGGCAUUGUGUCUCAUGGUCAUCUUAGAUUUUCUUCAAUGUUCGUCAUCAUUUCUGGAAUUAUCUUUUUUUUUUUUCCUUAGCUCAUAGGUCAUAGAUGCAGAAAUAUUCUAGUAUUUAAAGCACCCACAUCAGCUGGCUUUGCAUCCAGAAACAUUUAAUGAAAACUCAGUUUGAAGCACCAAGCAUGUGUAACAUGGCUCUAUAAAAUAUAAUAAAUGCAUAAUGUUAAGCUUUUUAA